UCAAGUCAUACCUGCAUAAAUAUCGCUUUUUUUCCGUCUACUCAACUACACCGGAAGUAGGUCGUGAAAGCUCCAAGAUGGCGGGCGAGACGCAGGUCAGUGAGGUACAAGUACAACCUAAAAGCAGUGGUCGACAAAAACUGGAGACUUGGCUCAACAGAAGCAUGAAAAUCAAGAUGAGUGAUGGAAGAACCCUUAUUGGUGUGUUCCUUUGCACAGAUCGUGAUGGAAAUGUAAUUUUAGGAAACUGCGAGGAGUACAUCAGGGGGCCUGAAAGUGAAGAUGAGGAACCACGUGUGCUAGGCCUAGCAAUGGUACCAGGCCAUCACAUCCUGUCCAUCCACGUGGACCAGCCAGCUGACUGACCUUUUUUUUUGUAUAUUUAAACUUUUGGUUAAACUUCAGCAUCGUUCAGUGCCAGUCAGUGCAAAACACCCAUGAUGACAGACAACUACUCUAUACCCCUAAAAAUGUGCAGCUUUAGAUUUGCGGUAUUUUGUCAUAUUACUUUCCCCAUUUUUCUUUCUUUCCUUGUGCCUUCUGGUAUUGCAGGGACCAUACCCUGGAAGUGAAUAUAAAAUUGGAUGGAUCAAAAGGGCAUAUGUUAAGGGGUCAUUAAAAGGUGAUGCAUAGGCUUGCUGCAGCCAUUUACAUUCUGUGGUGCAACUGGUGAACUGGACAAAUUUAAGGGUUGGUACAGGUCAGGAAAUGCUUGAAAAAUCAGUAUAUUUCCAGUCCCUGGAAAAGUCAAUCUUCUUCUUCCUUCCUAUACGCCCCCAGUGGAGCAUAGGGCCGCAACCACACGCCGCCAUCGGACCCGGUCCUGGGCGUCCCUUUCCAGCUGGCACCAUGUCAUGGAAAAGUCAAUGUUUAAAGAAAUUUAUUAAAAGAGAAAAGUUACAAAUAUUUGCUGAAAAUUUAUUAGGCUUAAUUUUUGACUUUUUUUUUUUUAAAGAAUGAAUGUGCUCGUUCAUUUUUCUGUAUAAGCCAGAAAUUGACACAUGGCUGCAGAAUAACUUUCCCUACUGAUUUGACUGCUGCCAUUUGCACUCGCAUUGUCUUACAAUAUCAACAAAGCAAACUUCAAUAAACUGGGGCUUAGAGAUGAAAAAUAUAUAACUUUUUGGCCAUGGCUUCAAGAAGUGAAAAUAUAUACAAAGCCAAAUAUAAAUGUGAUCUUUAUGGCAAGAGAGGGAAAGUGCAGGUUGACAAUAUGUAUUCCAUUGAUAAACACUGCCUAAUGUAUUGUGGAGGAGAGCUUCCGUUGUGAGCAGCAUUUGAAAAACUGCAGAGUAUGAUAUGAGAUUCUAAAUUUUGUAAAUGUAUGAAGUAUUGUGUACAUUAAUUUAUGUACACAUUAUUUAAGUAUGCCAAUCAGCCAGUCAGGAGAUGUGUUGACAGUAAAACUCAUUUCUCCAUCAAA